AUGGCCGCUAGCCAGGUAAUCCGUCUGGUGAACUUCGGCCUCAGGCUACUUCAGCUCCUCUCUUCGGUCAUCAUCCUCGGUGUCUUUAGUUAUUUCCUCGCCGUUCUUGGAGACCACGACCAUCAUGCUCAGGAUUGGUUAAAAGCAGUGACCGGAAUCUCUGGUGUAGCAGCAUUCUAUGCCCUUCUUGCAUCAUUCCUCACCCUCUCUCUAGGAGGGUUUUCAUUCUUCUCUAGAAUAACUAUGGUGUUCGAUCUGUGCUUUGCCAUUGGAUUCUUAGCAAUCUGCCUCAUGACCCGCCACGGUGUCCAGCCUUGCGCAGGACGAGUAGAUACGCCAAUCGGCAGUGGCAAUGCGCAAGAUCCGGCCGUGGGCUAUGGUGAAGGUGGAUUUGGUACAGGUCGCGGGAAAAAUUUCACUUACAUGCUAUCCCUAGGCUCCGCCUGCAGCUCUCUCUUCCUGGUGUCUAUUCCUGCUCAGAGGGCAUAUACGAAGCAUCACCAGAGUUCAGAUACCUUUUCAAACGCCCCUCCUCACAAAGGUACCUCGACUGGCAUUCGCAGUCGUUUCUGGCCAAAUCGAAAAUACCAAGAACCAACUACAGAUCCAGCUAGGAUCGAAUACUGUGAAGGGGAUUCAUCUUCUGGUGUUAUUCCAUUAGAGGAAAAGCCCAAGGUGGAGCGGCCUCAAUUUACCAACAUGCUCCAACGCUUCAAGAAUAAUAGCAGUGCCAAUGAUGAUCCAGAAAGCAUAGGCUUGCAGCCGAAUGCUCAAGGAAGCAGUAACGCUCCGCCGGGAUUCAACCCAAGUUACGAAUAUGGGAAAAUUGCAUAUGCUGUGACUAGUCCUAACGGUCCAAUAUCGCCUACCUCUCCAGAUAACACGAACCCAUGGGUUAGAUCUGAAUAUGCGGAGUAUAAUUAUGGCCAGAGCGGCAAAUUAAACCCACGCUCCAAGGCUCGGGGUUCUCAAGUGUGA